AUGAACUCCAAGGACACCCAACGGCUCCUCAAGGAGCAUCAGAUACCCUCAUUGGACGUGGAUUGGCUGAUAAGAUCCACGACGAAGAAGAACAGCAACGACAUAACGAAGGAGUCUCCCCGGACGGAGGCGAUAACGAAGGAAAAGGUGGUUGCACCGAAGCAGGGCACGACCAAUGAGAGGGACCCAGAUAGGUUUAAGAAGAGGAAUUCGAUUGCAACUGCAACCGUGUUGCCCGAUCCCAAUACUGCUGGAACAGAACACCAUCAUCAUCAUCACCAUCAUCAUGAGGAAGAAACCGCGCAGGUUUCUCCCUCAUCAUCUUUACCCAGUGCCGAUAACUUGCCCCUAAGGAGAAGUAAAUCUAUAUCUGUUGGUGACUCCGCUUCUCAUAGAAGAAGAGGCAGUUUGGCAAGCUCCGAUGAAUCGAGCCUCAAUAAGGGUGAGAAGAAGAAAUUAGGCUUUUUCAGAAGCUUGUUCUCCAGGAAAUCACCAUCUCCUGAACGUGUACAUACAUCACCACCAAGAAGGAGAAGAAGCACGGUGACUGCCAAUAAGAACGAUUUUUCUCCUCCUGUUGGCACUCAACCUACUUUAAGCCAACAAAAUAAUAAUAACAUUCCAAAAGAAAAACUCUUUAAGGACAAUUACGCUGUCGAUCAUGAUAGAGAGGGUGUCCCGCUAACGAGAUCAAGAACUCAAGGGGCAACACCUUCAAGAGGAACGCAUUAUGAAGCUGAACCAUACGAUUUUAAUGAUAAUGAUAACAUGAGAGGUGAUGAUGAUGAUGAUGAAGAUUACCAAGAUGAAAGUAAUUAUAGACUAAUAGAAUUCUUGAAGUACUAUAAACAGCACGGCUAUUCAAUGAAUUCAUUUAAAGAGAAGAAGCAAAAUGAAAUAUAUCAGAAGAGAGGUCAUUUUAGUGCAUCAUUUAGUCUUGAUGGAAAUCAAGAGGUGGCCCCAGAUGAAAAUGAAGGUGAAGCACAACAUUCUUAUUCAAAUGAAAAUGUUUCCUCCUCACCAAAAAAGUUUGAUGUAAAGGGGAGGCCACUACCCUCUCAUCCAAUGAGACCGAGACAACCAUCUGCAUUCAAGUCAACAGAGGGGACAAAUCUCGUAAAUGGUAGCGAUAUUUAUGCAUCAAAGGAAGACUUGAAAACCUCAACAUCGCCCAACGAUAAGACAUCGAAUAAAUUUGGUGCUUUCCUAAAGAGAGUCACGUCCAAGGGUGCAUCAAAUGCAAGUGCAGUUAAUGCCGUAAAUGACACUUCAAUGGGAUCCCUAGAUAUAAUAGACUCAAAAAGUUCAUUAUUUGAUCCGGCGAAGGCUUCUGUUGUACCAGGUUUAGAAGACGUAAAACCAUUAAAACAUGUUUCAUUCUCGACAAAUACUUAUUUCAAUGACCCACCACAACAGAUUUGUAGUAAGAAUCCAAGAAAGGGGGAAGUUGAAGUAAAAUCAAAUGGUUCUGUGAUAAUACAUAGAUUAACACCACAAGAACGGAAAAAAAUCUUAGAAUCCACAAGUUGCGGAAUAGUCGUAGGUGGCUCAGGUCAAUUGAAACUAUUAUCCACGCUACAAGAACAAUCAGCAGCAACACCUGGAUCUGAAAAUAUUAAUCAGAAACUAUUGGAUGAAGGUAAGAAACCAAAUGAAACUUUGAUUGUUGACAAAGAAGCUGCCGAAAUGGAUGAUGAACAAGCAGAAGAAGAUGGAAAUGUUAAUGAUAGUAAGAAGAGAAGUUUGGUACUUGCUGCUGCUGAAGCGGCUGCUGAGGCAAGAGCUCAAGAUGCUCCAAACGAAUUAAAAAGAACAAUGACGAAUAAUGAAGAGGAAGUGACUGUCAAUAAAUUGGCUUCACAUUUAACCAUCGAUAAACCUAUGAUUAGUAGAAGAUCGGGUACUUCCCUCUCCUUAGAAUCGAUGACAUCGCAAGAUUCAGUUGAAAGUGAUGCUACUGUAUUUCCAUCUCCAAAUUUGAAGAUACCAUACGACGUUGUAUACACUAGGUGUUGUCAUUUAAGGGAGAUUCUUCCAAUACCUGCAACUUUGAAACAGCUAAAGCCAGGAUCAACCGAUCCAAUACCGUUGUUACAACUACGUAAUCCUCGUCCAUCCAUGGUUGAAAUUUGGUCCUUCAGUGAUUUUCUAAGCAUUGCACCAGUAAGUUGUCUCUCUCUUGAUGGUGUUUCAUUAACAGUGGAUAUGUUGAAGGUAUUAUUAGCAUCCUUAAGUGCCAAGAGGAACUUAGAGAAAAUAUCCUUGAGAAAUACACCUUUGGAUGAUGAAGGGUGGAAAUUGUUAUGUUACUUCAUUUCCAAGUCUCGUUCGCUGGUAUCAAUUGAUCUAACAAUGGUGCCACAUAUUAAGACAAACGUUCAAAAACCAUCAAAAUCUUCGUUAAAGAGUAAUAUUAUUAGAAUGGAAUGCGAUUUAGAUAAUAGAACUAAAAGAAACUGGAAUUUACUGGCAGGAUCUAUUGCGAUGAAAGGUGGCCUAGAAGAAUUGGUUGUUUCUGGUGUGAAAAUGUCACUUAAUCAUUUUAAGAACUUUAUUGAAGUAGCAUGCAUAUCAACGGAACGGUUGGGACUGGCAUAUAAUAAUCUAUCCAAGGAACAAUGUGACAUUCUAGCCAAAUGGCUUGUUAAAUCCAAAGUGACAGGUCUUGAUCUGGGGUUCAAUGAUCUUAGAGGCAAGUUAACAACAUUCUCUGAUGCCGUUUGGCAAAAAAUUCAGAGCAAUGAAGUGAAAAACGUAUUCAAAUAUUUAUCCUUGAAUGAUACGUCUCUUGAAGUCGAGGAAGGUGCUACCAGUGAGACAAAUGAGGUAUUAAGAUUACUGAGUAUUCUUUGUUACUCGGAAGACUUAAAAUUUUUAGAUCUCUCUAAUAAUCCAAAAUGUUUCCCACAUUGUCUGGAUACGUUGGUUAAAUGCCUACCAGUCUUUGUCAAUUUGGUAAGAAUUCAUUUAGAUAAUGAACAAUUAACAUCGACAAAUAUUAUAAUGUUGGCAGAAGCUCUUCCACUAUGUUCGAGAUUGAUUCACUUCUCGAUGCUAGGUACUCCCCUUGACUUAGCCUCAUGUAAAGCAUUAGCUGAAGCAUUUAGAAGAAGUACAUCCUUACUGACUCUGGAUGUGAAUUAUGUUUAUAUGCCGGACAAUAUCAAGGAGAAGAUCACAAUGUAUUCAAUGAGAAACAUGCAAAACGAACUUAGAAAGGUCAAUUCAGAAAAUGAAGCGGAUGGUAAAGCCACUGAUGGAUUCCACUUAUCUAAUUUACAACAAGAACUCUCUGAGUUAUUAACUGAAAAUUACGAAGCGGAUUCUACCAAGAAUGCCGAUAUAUUUAUUACCAGGAUUGAACAAAUUAGGUCCAAGAUAUCCAGAGUUGUUGAGGAUUUAUUCAAUUUGAAGGUCCAAGGGCAAUUAAAUCUAGAAGGCAAAGAAACUUUAAUUAGAUUAUGUUUUCUGGAUAGGACCCUAGAAAAAGGUGGUAGGCUAUUGAAAAAUAAACACCAUCACCAUCACAAUCAUCUUUCCGGGCAGAAGCUAGUCACCGCUGAUAAUGCAAGUGACAGCCCAGAAACUCCAGAUGCAUCAAACAGUACGUUCUUCGACCGCCUCAAAAAUAGCGGUGCUAGCCUAACGACGCAAGUACCACCAGGAUUGGCAUCAACUAGAGUGACGAAAAGUGGACACAGUGCAUUACUUCCAUUUGGUAGUGUAGAAAUUGAGAAAUCGGAUAAUAAUGCCGAAGAAGCAGUGGCUUUUAGUGAUUCCAAGGCUAAGACAGAGUUGAUUUCUCCAGAAAUUCUUAAGCAGGACGCUAAUAAUGAUCAACUAAAGGACGUUGCACCUUCUAGAAUAGACAGAGAUGCCUUAGUACGUGCAGCAGCUUCUCUUGAUAGUGACCAAGUCAAGGAUUUCAUGUUAACGAAUGAUGUUUCGCAAGUUAUAUCUGCAAUUGAUGAACUUCAUAGUAAGGGAUACCAUCUUCACCAUAUAUUUAAGAAGCAUGAAGGCGGUAGCGACGAAGGCUCUUCAAAAAGUUCUGACACUGACACAAAUGCUUCAAAAGGAUCCAGUGAUGUUUUGAGCGGCCAAAAUACCGAUGAUAGUUCAACAAAAAAAAGUUCUUACCCAAAAGAUGGAGAAUCAUUUGAUAAGUUUUUGAAGUCGAAGGAAUUUGAAGCCAUGGAUGCUGCAUAUGAUCAAGUCCUUGACAGCCUCCAGAAAGUUAGAGGUGGACCAACUGGAAAGCUAGAAGAAUAG